GGAGUCAGCCAUCCAAAAAUAAUGAAAAUGAUUUUAUCCACUGGUGAGAGUCAAAGAAUGCUCUUGAAAGCCCCUGAUGACCUUCGCCAGGAUUCUAUCAUGAAGCAAGUUUUUGAAAAAGUUAACAAGUUGUUAUGGAGAAAUAUUGAAACCCGGAAACGCAAUUUGAGGAUUAGAACUUACAAUGUGUCACCUUUAGGACCAACUUCUGGUGUGUUAGAAUUUGUGCCAAAUUCAAUGCCUUUGAUUGACAUCUUGAAAUCGUUGCAUCAAGGCGAUGAGAUGGAUAUUACUGAAGCACGCCUCAAAAUGAAAGAAUUUCAAAACCAAUCAAAGAAUGUCAGAAUUCAAGUAUACAAGGAAAUCUGUCACAAAGUAACACCGAAUCUAAGGACUUUUUUUUUCAACAACUUCACCUCUUCGGAUUCGUGGUUUGAGUCUAGGACUUUGUAUUGCCACGGAAUUGCCACGACAUCUAUAACGGGGUAUAUUUUAGGAAUCGGUGACAGGCAUUGCAAUAACAUUUUACUAGACAAAUCUUCAGGAGAACCGAUCCACAUUGAUUUUGGAGUUGCAUUUGACCAGGGCCAGGCAUUGCCUAUUCCUGAAACGGUUCCUUUUAGAUUAACUCGUGAUAUAGUGGAUGGUAUGGGCGUAACUGGUGUGAAUGGUAUGUUCAGUAAAAACUGCGAACAUGUUCUUAAUGUGCUGAGAAGCAACACACAGUACAUAAGUGGUAUAUUGGAUGUUUUGAAGUACGAUCCACUAUACACAUGGACUAUGUCUCCCUUGAGGAAAAAGAAAUUAAAGCAAAUUUACUUUAACAAUGACGAAAGUGAUAAAGGCUUUGAUGAAUUCAUCAAAACAGAUACAGGUUCUGAGGCAAACGCGGCCAUUGAAACAGUGAAAAGAAAGCUUGGAGCACAAGGACUCAGUAAUGAAGCUGUAGUCAGAGAAUUAAUUCAUGAAGCCGUUGAUCCUAGGAACUUGGCACUUAUUUUUAUGGGAUGGAGCCCGUUUUUAUGA